AACUAGCCCGUCUACUGCUACAACGUUUCCUGCUUGACCGAUGCUCUCUUUGUCGCCAGAAGGAGAUCUGUUCCUGCUCUUCUUGACUGUUUUAGUUGCUGGCCUGCUACUCCCGAUUAGCUGUUGCAAGAAGAAGAAAAGAAUGGCUGAUAAACGGGCAAGUGACGAAUCGACUCCUAGCCCUACGAUUGCACAGACGACAAUGAAAACAAAAUCUCCAAAAUCAUCAUCUCUAAAAGUGAAAGGCAAGAAGUCUAAAGGCAGCAAGAAAGAGCGCAGAAGCAAGAAAGGCGAUGAUGCAGAGGAUGAUGACGACGACGAACCAAUAAUUCAAGCUGCUUUCGGCGUUGAAGUUCCCCCGACAAUGGAGGUGGAUAGCGGUAUUGAAAGGAAUUCCAAAGGCAUUGAAAGGAAGUCUAAAGCUUCCGCACCAGUGAAAAGUGCUAUUCAAGCUCCAAAGAGUGUUAAACCACCCCAAGGACAACAAGGCGCUGUUAAAACUGCUUACAAACACGUCGCUAAAACAUCCGAUAGGCCGUCGAUGGAGUCUCCGAAGGCAGAAAAUAAAACACCAACAAAAAGUAAAAUGAAAAGUGCACCGGAGCGAUCAGUAAAGAAGACGCCAAAGAAGUCAAUGAUCGACAAGCCGAAGGAAGCCAUCGACAAGAAAACGCCUAAAGUUUCGUCGGAUCCGAAAGGGAAAACAUCAGCAGUAAAGGAUGCAAGACAGCAGCAGCCUACUCCACCUCCGUCAAAGGACAAACCCGCCAAAAGCAAAAAAGAGGAGAAGAAACCAACGCCUCGGAAGAGUGAAAAGGAAGAGGAGUCUGCAGCAAAAGAUUCUUCUGGAGCAGAAAGUGAAAAGAAGACUGACUCUAAAGAGGCUGCGGAAGGAGAAAAAACGAGGGAACCUGCCAUCAGUGCAAAAAGCGAGAAAGGAGAUGAGGAUGAUGAUUUGGAGGACGAGGAUGAAGAGAAGGAAAGUGGCAAAGGCAAGAAGAAGAAAAGGGAAGAAGAAAGUGGACGAGACGAGAAGAAAGGAGAGGAAGAAAGCAGCAAGAAGAAGGAGGAGGAAGGAGGUGGAAGUGAAGCUCAAACAAAGAAGGCAGAAGAAAGUGAAGUAACAGAAGAUGCUGAUGCCGCUGCUCCAAAGGAAGAGGAAGAAGCUGAUUGAUAAAAGAAUAAAAAUAAAUAUAUUAAAAUAUUGAUGUUCAUUCAUUGUAUUGUGUUUGUGUUGAUAUAUACCU